UGAUGUGCUUCAACGCGAGAGGGGACUGGGGACCAGCGGUCGAGCCACUACAUCGAGACAUAGAUCUUCGCAAACAACACCGCUGUGGAGUUGGCCCGUCCCUGGUUUGCGCAUGUGCUUUGCUCGAGCUCCGGAAGGCCUAUUCGUCGCGGUCUCCUCAGAGCCCAACUAUCGGGCUCGUGCCGUGCGCCAUUGGGGGUGCAUCGCUAGAUGAAUGGCAGAAAAAUUACGAAGGCAAAGUAGGUGAUUGUGAGCUACCUGCACGACACGGUGGGGUGCAGGGAAACCAGCCUUGGGGGUAUAAACCAGGCUCAAAAAAUUUGUUCGGAGCUAUGUCGGCGAGGGUCGACGAAGCAUUGAAGGCGGCGCCGGAAGGUAGCCAUCUUGGUGGCAUGCUCUGGUACCAGGGUGAAACAGAUGCGGCGAACGAGGACCGUGCUGAAACGUACGGCGAUCGCUUUCAGACGCUGAUCGAGGACGUCAGGGGCUUGGGAUAUCCGGAUCUGAACAUUUUCACGGUUGCUGUCACCGGCACGACAGCCCGACUUCCAUUCCUCCAACAGGUUCGAGAUGCGCAACUCUUUGCGGGUUCUUCGACGGGAAUCGCUGGCGUAUGGGUUACGGAUACCUUUGGCCUACCCAUGUUUCCUGAUGGAUUGCAUUUGGUGACCAAAGCACAGGUAGAACUGGGCGAACGUAUGGCUCUUCAGAUCUUCACCGCAACGGCAGCCAGUGCGCCAAGAAGGGAGAAUGCUCGAGCCGCAACAGAUGGCCCAACCAGAGAUUGGGCCAUAGAAGAUGCAAGGGUUCGCAAGGCCGAGAACGACUUGAGCUUCAUAGUUGCAGCGACGAAAUCCAAGAGCGCAAGCAAGGAUGGACCCAUUGCACAGGUGCAUUUCCGCUCCUUUGCGAAGCUUCUCUUUUUCCUCGAGCCUCGUCCUUCACCGGAUGACCGACUAUUGGUGCUCGGGUACGGCGCAGGAGUGUGCGCCUUGACGGCAGCUCUGCUCUACAAUCUGCGCCUGAUCCAAGGGAUAUGCACAGCGGAGGGAGGCAUCGACGAAGCGCACACUCUUUUUCCCGCAUACUCGGGCGGCACUCCCGCAGUCGCCAGUGGCUCAGAUGAGCAGGAAGGUCCAAAGUUGAGCCUAACGCCUCCUUCGAACAUCGACCUGCUUGAGGGCGACGUCGCUGAGGCACGCUGGGACGAUGCAACUCUCGUCUACGCCGCCUCUUGCAAUUUUGAUGAGAACGUCAUGUUGGACGUGGCAAGGCGAUGCCGUUUAUCAAAGGAUUGCAGGCGGGUGAUUACUCUAGGCAAGCCGCUGCCUGCAGUUCAGUUGCGGCAGGGGGAAAAGGGAGCGAUCGUGAACGGGGAGUUCAAAGUCUUGUGGCAGUGCCAGGUGGAGGGAUAUCGGGGUGGCACAACGGUGGCGUUUGUACACCACCGCGUAGAACGGGGAUGUUUGGAUGUGUUCUCGACAAUGGCCUGUUGUACGUUGUCACGGCCUUGUCCCUCCCUGCAUAAACCCUCUCGUUGCUGCAUGGUAUAUCCGUUGCUUUGGUGGCUACACGCGAAGCUGUCAUGCGGGUGCGGUCGGUGAUCCCACGUACACUAGACGUUCGAUAGGUUGGGUCCUGGUUGUGUUCGACUGGAGUUUUCGACAGCUCGUGUCAGCUACUCAAGAUUUUGUUUGUCUCACCUUGUUCUUUCUUCACUGUUGGGCAAGGGCUUUUUCGAGGGUGCCGACGCGCCUAUGCUGUGGUUGGCCUGUUAAGCGUGUAGGAUCAGGCUGGGCCAUGAGCGUCUUACCCAUUGCCAAUGCCUGACGGUAUUAACAUUUUUGUCAGGAUCGUUGAGCAGUACCGAAUCGCUUUGCUUCUAGAGCGGAGUCCACAUCAUCCGUCAAACGAUAUAUCACUAGACUGUGCAUAGACUGUUUACUUUUCUACGAAUCCGAAACGCACAUGAUCAUAGAUGUGGGGCGAAGAAACAAAAUGGCGGCUAGAAACACCGGCACUUGUAUCUAAGGUUAGGGUAACCCAGAAGGCAUCCCAAAUUCCCAGGGCUCGCCGGGGAUGCCCAGGGGGUCUUUAAGUAAGGUGCAAGUGGUGCACCCAGGGAUCGAGCUUAGGGUCUGUGCUGCUGGCACGGGAUAUUUUUCUCAUGAGUCUUCUUGCGCACCCCGUUUGGCGUCGUCUACACGGCAUGUAUGUGCAUCACGUCUCCACAAGGAGCC